AAAAUCAAGAAGCAACAUCACAAGCGGCUGAAUUUCCCUGCGCAGGAAAUCCAGCAGCUACGCGAAGCACUGGAGAAUGAUCCGGUGGACACACUGGCAGCGACGCUUCAGGCGUAUCACGAGUGGCGAUUCGUGCGUGGCGACAUGUACCACUGGAUCAAGGUGCUGAACAGGUUCGACGGAAUUCUUGCAGACGUCUGCAGCAAGUACAAUCUGAGCGUGCCACAGGCGCAGGCGUUUGACUCGGGGACGCAGUCGCUGCUUGUCGCCAUUCUGUCAUUCUCCUGCCAACUGUUGGAGAACUGCAUCAACAGAAACCUGUACAGCUCAACGGACCGUCUUGAUCUGUUGCUCAAUACCAGCGACCACGCAGUGCUCGAGUGCACGCUGCGCAUU